AAGAAAACUUUGGGUAAAUUGACUAACAAGAUGGCGGCGCCCACGUAUCACGAUUUGCUUGAAAAGACGAGUAGAGAUCUACCAAAGUUCCAAGACCUGUUACAAUUCCUGUAUGAGUUUGACUGGAUACACAACUUUGUUACGACUCGUUUCUUUGUUGACGAGGUGUGGAGACAUAUGCCAGAAGAGUGGCACAAUGUUCUGAUGGCCAUGAGUAUGGGGGAGUUGAACGGCCUGCCUUUUGAAUCCCAUCAGGACAAGCCCCACUUCCCCGAGUCACUGACGAGGUUCCUCCAGAUGUCACACAAACUCUCUCUUCCCCGGGACCAAGUGGACAUCUUGUCCAAGAAGCCAGUAGACCCAAAUCUGAAACGUGGAAUGUCGCCAAAGAAACUUCAUGAAGUCACCACUAUGUCUGCUGUUGUCAAGGAAACUGCCGAGAAAGCAGGCUGUGAUGUUAUUGUAGAUGUUGGAUCAGGCCUGGGUUACCUGGACCAGGUGCUACACAAGUGCUAUGGCUACUCGGUGGUUGGAGUCGAGGGUUGUGAUGGACAUGUGGAACGGGCUGAGAAGAGAUCAGCAAAACAAGAUCUCCAAUAUGGCUGUAUUUGCAAUGUGGCCUUCAACCUUGAACAAACACGGGAACAUCUCACCACAUUUCAAGACAGAGUGUCUGAGGCGGUCAGAAAUCUAAAGCCUUGUGUUCAUUCACAGAAAGCAGUUAACAAUCCACGUCAAGUUGAUUCAAAACUCAUAUCUGAAAAGGACAGAAAAUGCCAAGCAGGUGCCCUUGCUCAAGAUGAGAUCCCAAAUUUGGACGAUAUGUAUUCUGGGAAGCAUGUGUGUCCAGAGAGGUGUCUUGGAAGUUAUGUCUUUGAUCACAAUGAUGUGUCUGAUAACAAAGCGGAAACUGUUGCAAUUGUAUCAGGAAUGUGUCAAGAUGGAAAUGAAUCAACUCAUACAACACCAAACUUGCACAAUAAUGACAUCCGGCAAGGAUAUCCUGAAACUGGUGAUGUUCCUGUUGAGGUAUCUUCAUCAGAAGAGAGACGUGUGUGUAUGAUCGGCCUUCACUGCUGCGGGGAUCUAACUCCCACAAUGCUUUGGUACUUCCUGCAUAUGUCCAGCAUGCGGUCAUUGUGUCUGGUCAGCUGCUGUUAUCACAAGAUGUCCUUCAGUGAAGAGAGCAACAGGUUCAACAGUUUUCCUCUGAGCGAGGAUUGUCUGACAGCCUACACAGAUCUGAAACUACAACACCCUGCCUGGAGCCUUCGCCCUGUCAGCUUCAGACUUGCAGCCCAGGAAACUAGGUCUCGGUGGAGGGCUCAGACUGAGGCAGAUCAUGACACCCAUGUGAGACAUGUUGCUUACAGAGGGAUACUGGAACUGUUCUGUAUGGAAGCUAAGGUCAACCAACUGGACAGAAAAGUCAUCAGGAAGGCAGACUUCUCCAGCUUUGAUGCUUUCUCCCAGUCCAUAGUCACAGGUCUUGAUGUCGGCAGUGAGGUCAGAGCUGAAUAUCUGCGUCACCUCCAAGAGUUGUACGCCAGACACAAGCCACACUUCUGCUAUGUGGAGGUCAUUACUUGUCUGCAGGUGCUAGUUCAGCCAGUCCUGGAGACACUGCUUCAACUGGACAGACACGCCUACCUCAUGGAACACGGAGUUGCUGCUCAGCUCGUACCAAUAUUCCAGGAGAACAUAUCGCCAAGAAACAUCACACUUAUAGCUAAUAAACAAUAAUAAUCA